AUGAGUUCUCCCAAACAGCCGGACCGUCUUCUCUACCGACAGACCCGGUCUGUCAAGGCUGGACAGGUAGAGCGAUUCAAGAUCCAUUACACACCAUAUCAAGAAACACCCCCAGCUUCACUAUGGGUGAAAAUUAGAAACGUAGAAAACAUCGCUAUGCGAGCUGCGUUUUUGGCAGGUCCUCACAUUUUGUAUGUGGAUUGUAGACUGGACGAAUACGAUCAAAACAAGAAGUGCUUUAUCACGGCAGACCAGCCCGUGUACGAGCCGCAAUUGCUCCCAGGACAGCUGUUCUACGCUCAGUUGUCGUGCCAUACCAUCAAAAAUAGCUAUAGUUGGGUUGUGGACGUGGUUUCUCAAAUUAUCUUCAAUAAUACCAUAGAUGUAGACUUUGAGAUCAUGAUUGGUACUUCAAAGGCAAUCCUCCACGAUUGUUCAAAUCCCGACAACAAGGUAGUGAAUGCUGAUAAGACUGGCACCUUUGUAUCAACAGAGUUACUCAAUGUAUCCAACCAAGAUACUUUCGAUCUCUGGAAUCUCCCUGUGCCUGAUGCCACCAGACCGAUCCACUUGGUGAUUUUGACCCACGGAUUGCACUCCAAUGUUACGACCGAUAUGCUAUAUUUGAAGGAACAGAUUGAUAACCAGGAUAAUGGUAAAGACAAUGUCGUUGUCAAGGGAUAUAUGGGCAAUAUUGGUAAGACUGAGAGAGGUAUCAAAUACCUUGGAAGUAGAGUGGCUGAAUUUGUUGUAGACCUCGUGACUAACAACGAAUCAUUCAACAAUGGCAGAGUGACCAAGAUCUCGUUUAUAGGUCAUUCCUUAGGAGGUUUGGUGCAAACAUUUGCUAUAGCAUAUUUGCAGGUGAACUUUCCCACGUUUUUUAGGACUAUUCGUCCUAUCAACUUCAUCGCUCUCGCCUCUCCAAUGUUGGGUAUAGUUAACGAGAACCCGGUGUAUAUCAGGCUAGCACUUUUGGCGGGUGUUGUAGGAAUAACUGGUCGCGACAUGGGAUUGAAGUUCGUGGAGGCCGAUGGGAAACCAUUGCUCCUUUUGCUUCCUUCAGGGCCAACUCAUCAGGUAUUGAAGCGUUUCGCAAGACGAACUGUCUAUUCCAAUGCUGUCAAUGACGGAAUAGUUCCAAUGAGAACAUCCUCGCUCCUAUUUUUGGAUUAUAGAGGCAUUCUUCAGAUUGUAAAUUCUCCACAAGCUACAACACCAGAACGAGCUGAUGACCCAAAAACGACUAUAGUGCCAACUUCGCUAAUGAUAGAAGAACAGGAAACUCCCGUACUCCUGCCAGUACAAGCUAUGCUUUCAUAUUUGUUGCCUCAGAAACAGUCAAAGAAAGCUGACAUUCAGAGAUUUCAGACUAAGGAAGUUAGCGGUAGCACCAGUGGAGAAACACUCGAUGUUUUCCCCACAGUUGGUGUAUUGGAAACGGCAGCAUCAUUGAUUUUGCCUCCAUUACCUUCUCUCAAGUUCAUCACCAAUCCCGACGCUCGUGUAGAUCCCAUUGUUCACGAUAAGGUGUAUAGUGAAGACGAUUUGCCACCAUCAAAUGACAGUGAUACAAUAGACUAUGAUGUAGAGCACCUAGAAGAGGAGAUAGCCAGAGAGUAUCACAAGGACAUGACCUGGCGUAAAGUCGUAGUCAAGCUCAAGGCUGAUGCCCACAAUAGCAUCAUUGUCAGACGAAGGUUUGCUAAUGCCUAUGGAUGGCCAGUAAUUGACCACUUGGUAAAGAACCAUUUUGCAAUUGAAGACGAAGAGCCAGAAGCAACCCAAGAGACAGGUACAGAAAUAGAAAUAAGUAAGCAAGAAGACGAAGAGGACGAUCUUGGUCUUUCGACUAUCGUCUCUCGAGAUCUCAUUACUCGUCAGAAUAAGGAAAUUGAUCUGGUGAGUGUGGAUGAGAAUGAAAUCUGCGAGCACCACUGGAUCAACUCUAAAGACAGCAGUAACGCUCUAUUUUCCGUAGGACCCACCGGAAUGUUAGCAGAAGUUACAGAAAUGGUUGGAAAUAUCCGUGAUCAGAUCUACAAUUACGGUGUACAACAACCAAAU